GUUUUUUAAAGUUAACUCCUAUGGAUAAGAGCUGGAUUGAGAUAAGGAAUAGGCUAGACCCCCUACCUAUAUACAAGGGUUAGAAAAGUUUAUAGAAUUUGCUUAUGAUAAAAAGCAUCCAGAUUCAAAGAUAUAUUGUCCUUGCAAGAAAUGUGUGAACCUUAUAUUUGGGACAAGAAGUGGCGUGAAAGAACAUUUAAUUAUAAAUGGAUUCAAUACUAAGUAUACAAGAUGGACAAUUCAUGGAGAGUCUUUAGCUUCAUCUAGUAGAAAUGAAUUGGAUGCAAAUCAAAGCUCUUAUUUUCAAGAUGAUAUGAUUGGUAUGGUGCAUGAUGCAUUUGGAGUUCCAAGGCAAGAUGGUGGGAUUAGAGACGAUGAAGGACUUGAAAGUAUGGGAUUAGGGCCCGAUAAGGAGACUAAGAAAUUUUUUAAGCUGCUUGAAGAUGCACAACGUGAGUUGUACCCCAAUUGUAAGACAUUCACAGCUCUCUCUUUUACAACUCAUUUGUUGCAUAUAAAAGUGCUUGGUGGUUGGACUGAUACCUCAUAUGAUAUGCUAGUUGAGCUAUUGAGAAAAGCGUUUCCAGUUCGUGAAACCUUGCCCAAGUUGUUUCCUGAAGCAAAGAAGUUUAAUGAGGCCUUAGGCUUUAGUUACGAAAAAAUUGAUGCGUGUCCCAAGGAUUGUAUGUUGUUUUGGAAAGAUAAAAAGGGGCUGCGCAACUGCGAAAAAUGUGGAACAUCAUGAUAUAAAGAAUCUACUGUCUUUUCAGAUGAUGGAACGACCAAACUAACACAAAUUCCUGCGAAACAAGUAAGGCAUUUUCCUUUAAAGCCAGCGCUUCAAAAGCUUUUCAUGUCAGAGGAAACAUCAAAACAUAUGAGAUGGCAUGCAAAGGGACGGACCAAUGAUGGUAAAUGGAGGCACCCUGCUGAUACACCUGCUUGGAAAAUAUUAGACAAAAAACACCCUGAAUUUGCGAAAGACAUUCGAAAUGUGAGAUUGGGAUUAGCAGCCGAUGGUUUUACCCUGUUUAGAACAAUGAGCAUUACUCAUUGCAUGUGGCCAGUCGUGUUGAUGCCGUAUAACUUGCCUCCAUGGUUGUGCAUGAAACAACCGUUUUUCAUUUUGGCUUUGCUCAUUGAUGGUCCUCAUGGUCCUGGAAAUGAUAUUGAUGUAUACUUGCAGCCUUUGAUUGAGGAGUUAAAUGAGUUGUGGACUAAAGGUGUGCUUACUUUUGAUGCAUCAACCCAACAAAUGUUUCGUAUGCAAGCAACAAUAUUGAUGGGAACUAUAAAUGAUUUUCCAGCAUUAGCAAUUUUAUCUGGUUGGAGCACAAAAGGAGCACUAGCUUGUCCUUCUUGCAAUGUGGAAACCCAAUCUUUAUGGUUGAAGAACUUUAGGAAGUACUGCUAUAUGGGCCAUAGACGCUUCUUGGAUCAAUGACAUAACUUUCGGAAAGAUGCCAUAUCUUUUGAUGGAACUAUUGAAACUAGACCAAGGCCACUUCAUUUGUCUGGUGUUGAUAUUUUUAAACAAGUUCAAUUCAUUCAGAAUAAUUUUGGGAAGGGUGAAGAAAGGGGGAGAACUGCACCUAAAAAGAGACGACUACAUGCUGAUGAUGGAAUAAGUGCCAACACUAUGGAGCAAGGAGUAGAACAUAAUCGGAAAAAGAGAAGUAUAUUUUUUGACUUAGAGUAUUGGGUGGAUAUUUUGAUUCGCCACAAUAUUGACUUGAUGCAUACUCAGAAGAAUGUCUUGGAAAAUAUACUUGGGACACUACUCAAUAUUUUGGGGAAAAUAAAGGACAAUCUAAAGGCUCAACAAGACCUAAAGGUCAUGCGUAUACGCAUGGCACUCCAUCCUCAACAACGGCCUAGUGGGAAAGUCUAUUUACCUCCUGCUUCUUUCACAAUGAGUAAAGAACAUAAAUAUAUAUUUUGCAAAGUGUCGAAAAAUGUUAAAGUUCCUGAUGGUUACCCCUCCAAUAUUUCACGCCGUGUAAACCUCAAAGACACAACUAUUUCAGGGUUGAAGAGCCAUGAUUGUCAUAUUCUUAUGCAACAACUAUUGCCAUUGGCUGCGAGGAGGGCAUUUGCCUAGACAUGUUUGUGAAGCCAUAAUUGAGUUGAGCACUUUUUAUAGACGGUUAUGCUCCAAAGUAAUGGAUCCAAAUGACUUUGAGGAUCUUAAAAAGCAAAUUGCAUUGACUCUUUGCCGUUUCGAGAAGAUUUUUCCACCUUCAUUUUUUGAUAUAAUGGAACAUUUACCCAUUCAUUUAGCAGAACAAGCGUCGCUGGACCAGUAUAUUAUCGAUGGAUGUACCCCAUUGAGAGGUAUUUCUUACACUCAAGAAGUACGUGCGUAAUAUGAGCCAUCCAAAGGGAUCCAUUGCAAAAGGUUAUUUGACAGAACAAUGCUUGACAUUUUGUGCGCGGUACUUGCAUGAUGUUGAGACAAAGUUAAGUCGACCAAUACGAAACUACGACGGUGAGCAUGGAGGUCGUGGUUUAGGGAAAGGAAAAUUGUUUGAGCUUGAUAACAUUGCUUGGGCGCAGGCACAUAGAUAUGUCCUAGCCAAUUCUGAUGUCAUAGCCCCAUUCCGGGAGGAACACAUUCAAGUUCUUAGAAAUGAUAGUUGCCAGUUACGUGAGUGUGAUCUUAUGAGGAAGCACAAUGAACAAUUUUCUAAUUGGUUUAGAGAUCAUGUUCAAGACUUGCUACGAACAAAAAAUGUGAACAUAUCCGACGAACUGAGUGUGUUAGCUUCAGCACCAAACAAAUGGGCUAGAAGGUAUACUGGGUACAUUAUAAACGGGUUUCGAUUUCACACCAAGGAGCGUGAGGAGAGGAGGAAAACUCAAAACAGUGGAGUAUCAUUAACUGCAUACACACAAAGUUAUGCAAGCUCAAGAGAUAAACGGCCAGUUACAGGAGAGGUCAUUUUCUAUGGAGUUUUAAGGGAUAUCAUUGAAUUGAGAUAUUCUAAUGACUUUAAGUUUGUGCUAUUCAAAUGCGAUUGGGUGGAUAACAACGUAGGAACGAGGCAAGAUGAGUUCAAGUUCACACUCGUAAAUUUCAGGCACCUUUUGUAUAGACACAAUCGCACAUCAGAUGAACCAUUCAUCCUUGCAUCUCAGGCGCAACAGGUUUGGUAUGUUCAAGACCCCAUUGAUGAAGAUUGGCAUGUCGUUGUUAAGAUGACUCCUAGAGACUUAUACGACAUGAAUGGAAAAAAAUCUACAGAAGAUGAAAUCACUUGUCCCCAAGCUGAGCCUUAUAGUGGUCAACAGUUAGAUGAUGUUACAUAUACUCUUGAUAAUGAUGUUAACUGGGUUAGAACAGAUGUGGAAGGAGUAACAGUUGAUGACGAUAUAGAUGGUGACGAUUAUGAUAAUGUUGGUGCAGAAGAUAAUGAUGAGGAGGUUGAUUAUGGUGAUGAGGAGGAGGUUGAUUAUGGUGAUGAGGAGGAGGAUUGUACUGAUGAUGAUGAUGAUGAUUUUGAGGAAAAUGAUGAAGAUGGAGAUCAUGACAAGAAUGAUUAGUUUCUUUUUUUGUAUGAUGCCAUGUUUUUCUUGUUUUUUCGCACUUAGAAAGUGGGACCAUAUGUUAUGUAUUUUUUUGUAUCUAGUACUUGUUUUUGCUUCUAUCUUUUUAUUCUUUAGUUUUUACGCUAUUGAGAUAUUUAAUUUUUGAUUA